AAAAAGAUGUGUGAUUUAUCUGUGUGUAGUUGUUAAGGAACAGAUUCAUGUUGUUAUUAUAGGCGAAUUAUUAAAGUGCUUAUUGUAAAACGUUGCCAAAUGAUUUAGGCGCCAAAGACAGUGUCGUGAGGAUCCGCUCCUCCUCGGUAUUUUCCGCUCUUCUCCGUCCGCACGUCGGUAAUUUUCGGCCAGCGUCGCCAUCUGCUCUCUCGUCCUUCUCCAAUCUCCGUGUUGUUGUUCCCGGUGACGCGGCGGAGGUGUAGCCUGACGCGGGCUCUUACGUGUCGGCCAGAAUAAAAGUGGAGCUCCGGAGGCCCGGGAGUGACGAAGGGAGUCUGUACCGCUCAGCCCAUGAAGAUGGAGUCAGCAGUGGAGGCUCAGCAGGGGGUUGAGACUGCUGUGACUGAGACUGAGAGCCAGCAGAUCACCCCGGCACAGAUCGCCACUUUGGCACAGGUGUCCAUGACAACGGGCCAUGCCUCAGCAACAGGUCCCACAGUAACACUGGUACAGCUUCCCAACGGACAGACGGUUCAGGUCCACGGUGUCAUCCAGGCUGCGCAGCCAUCUGUUAUCCAGUCCCCACAGGUCCAGGCCGUACAGGUAAACACACACACACACACAGUUUUAGAUGUUUCACCUAUACAGGACGUGAAGUUUGAAGUUUUUUCUGUCUAUUGGUUUGUCUGUUUGUUCCAGAUCUCCACCAUAGCAGAGAGUGAGGAUUCACAGGAGUCAGUAGACAGUGUGACGGACUCUCAGAAGCGCAGAGAGAUUCUGUCACGACGCCCCUCAUACAGGAAAAUCCUAAACGACCUUUCGUCCGACGCCCCAGCUGUCCCUCGCAUCGAGGAGGAAAAAGCUGAGGAGGAUUCAUCUGCUGCCGCCGCCACGCCCUCAAUCACCACGGUUACCGUGCCCACACCCAUCUACCAGACUAGCAGUGGCCAAUACAUUGCGAUCACACAGGGUGGGGCCAUUCAGCUGGCUAACAACGGUACAGAUGGAGUCCAGGGCCUGCAGACUCUGACCAUGACCAACGCUGCAGCAGCCCAGCCUGGAGCCACCAUCCUCCAGUACGCACAGACCAGCGACGGCCAGCAGAUACUGGUGCCCAGUAACCAGGUGGUGGUCCAAGCUGCCUCCGGUGACGUCCAGGCCUAUCAGAUCCGAGCGGCCCCUGCCAGCACCAUCGCCCCCGGGGUGGUCAUGGCUUCAUCCCCUGCCCUCCCCACCCAGGGUGCUACCGAGGAGGUUACCCGCAAACGGGAGGUCCGCCUCAUGAAGAACAGAGAGGCAGCCCGUGAAUGUCGCAGGAAGAAGAAGGAAUAUGUUAAGUGUCUGGAGAACCGAGUGGCCGUCCUGGAGAACCAAAACAAGACACUAAUCGAAGAACUCAAAGCUCUUAAAGACCUUUACUGCCAUAAAUCUGAGUAGUUCCUGUCCUGAACAGUGAGCUGGUUAAAGUAGCAUUUCACUUCUUUUCAAAAACUUUGACUGUUUGAUUCUGCCUGACGUCCAGUUUGCACACAGCCACCUGCUAACACUACCUUCUCUUCAAUGAGCCGUCAGUAGAAUACAUUUAAACUGUAGUACACUGUAAACACCUACGUGUCUCCAGGUAUAUCACUAUCUAUCAUCCAGGUCCAAUGAUAGAUGUCAGCAACAUGCUGACUGAAACUUUGUAGUCUUAAAAAAGUCAAAUGAACUGCUGACAACAGGCUUCGCACACAUUUGACUUUAAGCCUGUCAUAGAUUUGGUUAAUACCCAUCUAAGCUGCACCACUAACUAAGAUUUCCCCCAAUUAAAGGAACAUUAUGGACUGUGAUAUUAAUAUUUAAAAUGCGUGCUCUGCUGAUAGAUAUCUCUGCUGCGUAUGAAGCGCUUCCUAAACAAAUAGCCAGGUGAUGUUGCAGCUACAGUUCAAAGUGUAAUCAACAACAGAGAGAUUUAGAGCAAGCGAUGUUAAUCAAAGAGACUUGGCACAAAUAAAUGAAUAAGGAGCGGUCUUUGGACAUGUAGCGAGAAUGUAGCACAACAUGGGAGUGAGAGCGGUGCUCUCUUUGAAUAAUCAUGAUUUCAAUAUUGAUCAAAAUAAUCGUGAUGAUCAUUUUUGGCCAUAAUCAUGCAGCCCUGCAGGCCAGUGAAGAAUUAUUAUACUUAAAAGAACGCUCGCUGUGCUCCAAAGCUGGGCGAGGUUCAUAUUGAAUUUGAGCUUUUAUAUAAGAAAUAAUCCUCGAUUAAAUAUCCUUUAAGCAUCAGCAUCUUUGCUAUGGUUACCUGCAGUUUAGUUUAAAUUGUCCUCCGGUUUUAAAAUGUUUUUUCACUUGCAGGCCACAAGUAUGUUUAGCUGCUAAAUGUUCAUAAAAGAAUAUUUUCUGUUGUCAUGGUGUAACUUGACAUUGACGGUGGUGAGUUCAGUGUGGCAACAAGCUUGUAAAAAAAAAAAAAAACAGCAUCGAGCAUGUUCAUGUCCUAAAACAGUUUGCACAGCUCAGACGCAGACUUUUGUGUAUCAGGCAGUUAAAGGCUUUGAAUGAAUGGUGAAUGUCUACUUGAUCCACGUGCUGACGUGAACAAACGUUUCUAAAAAUGUGGCCUCUUCUAUAGCGAACUCUACAACUGACUGGGCACAAACAAGUCUUUUUUUUAAGUGUUUUUAAAGAUGCUACCAACUGCCGAUCUUGAAGGAAGUGAAGGUGCGUGUCAGCAGACAGUGGGCGGUCACAGUCAUGCGGACGUUUCGUAGCAGCUCAGUCUCCACCACGGACGGCUCUCAGAGAUGCAGUUAAAACAGGAUUGCUAGCAGGAUGACGCUCAACAUUCCUGUUAGUUCUGGUGACAUUUUACUCACGAGCUGAUGUCCAUUAAGGCAGCAGCAACACAAGCAGCCAUUAUAUCUCAAAUAUUCUCAAUUGAAAACAAAUUGAAAGCGUGCUGAAGUUAUUAGCCAACCUGGUUGUUGCAAAAGAACACUGUACUUACCAGUGUUGUAGUCAAGACUGGCUAAACCGAGUCAAGAUCAAGACCAGAGUCUUAUCAAGACUGUGUCUUUGAUCCUGCUUAGAUAGCUAAAUGUAGCUAAUACUUGCCAAAUUGGGUCUGUUUGGUCUUGUAGUUCUCUUGUAGUUAAACUUUGACCUGACCUUCCCUGUCCUCUCUUUAGUUUCCUGUGCCAUGCAGAUGGCAACUUUUUUAACCAUUUCGCAGCCGUUUUCACCAUCAUUCGUUUUACCUUCUUCAGCGUUGUAAAAAGUGAAACUUUAGUUCCACCUGAAGUGUAAAAAUAUUUUCAGUAAGUUAUGAAAGUGUGGUGGGACAAGUUAGACGUUACCGGGCGAACAAUUGGAAACACUGGUGAUAUUUCCGCAGUCGUGAUCUUAAAAGGUCUUGAAAUAAAAUCAGUCGAUUGUGAAACCCUCAAAAAGUGGUCUUGCAUUCGAGUACUACAACACUGGUACGUACUGCUCAUGAUUUAGAUAAGUGACAUAUAAAAAGAUAAAAAGAUCGUAGAAAAACGCAGAUGUUUUCCAAACCCAGUUCACGUUCGACUGAAGCUCAAGCAUCAUCUCAUUGUGCCGCAGUAAACUGUCACUUUCCACCACAUUUCAUCUCUCAGUGUUUUUUAAUAUCGUGUCUGUUUUGCGAUGUCUGUUAAAGGUGGUAAAAAUAUGGUGGACGACAUCACGUGAGUUCGCAGGGCCAUUUUAAUAUAAAUAAGUAGCAGAUUUGGAUGUCUGGUACAAUUACAGAACUUUAAUACUAAUAAUCCACGAAGGCGUGCUGAAAAGAGAUCCCCUUUAUGGGACCGUGUGGUUUUUGAGAAGAUUCAUGUACGUAUGUGUCUGUUUAUUUUUUAUAUUACUGUACAUAGACUCUACAGCAUGUGUAGACCUUGUGUAUUUCUGUUUAUUUGAUAUGAAAAAUAAUGUUCUUAUGGCUUGUACGAAACCAACUUUGCAUAUUUGUAACAUAAUCAGUGUAUAAUAGAAGACGACGUGUGUGUGUGUGUGUGUAUUCAUGUAAUCCAUCAGGCCUACGACCGUCAUGGCAGCUAAGUGUAUAAGAAAAGGCCUUUGCUGGAUAUUUUGGAGUGCUGUACUCUGUUUCAGAUCGACAGUGUGUGUGUUUGUAGAGAAGCAAAUCUGUUGAGAGCAGUUGGGGUCCAACAUAUAUCGGUUUCAUAAUUUUUAAAACAAAUUAUAUUUUAAGCUGCACAGCAGAACCCUUAAAACGUAUGUUCUUAAACAUCAGCAGAGUUUUUGUAUCUUCCAAUUCAUCAAAUGAAAGCACAAUUUUUCUUUUUAUGUUUGUUUUAGUGUAUGUGAACCGCUCUUAUUUUACAACAGAGCUACAUUACAUUUGUUAUUUCUUAUUGACAUUGAUUCCAGUGAUAUGUGAGUUAAUGCUGAGCCCAUUUUCUAAAAUCUUUAAUAUUUUGUUAGCUCACUGUUGAUGCGUGAACUGGUAACUUUUAUGUCUGAGCUUUUAUUUGUGACCUAUGGAGCUGACUCGUUACAUGACAAUGUACUUUAUCGGUGCUAUACUGUAUAGGAAUGGGCAUGAAAUAAUUCAAAGAUGGUUGAUUUGUGUGGUUGAAAGCUCCAGAAGCUAGUAAAUAGACCCUGAUAUGACAUUAUUUUGACAUCAAAUCUAUUUCUCUGUUGGGGGCAGGAAUGGUCGCUCUGAUAAUUAGAGUGUGUUCCUUUAAAUGUGUUUUUGUUUCUUUUUUGUUCAUUUUUUAAAAGAUCAUUAGUUCAUGUUGCUCUUUUAUUUUUUAGUUCCAAACAUUUUGAUAUUGUACAGUAUGCGUUUGUCAUGUAUAGAGGAUUAAAGGGUUGGAUCAGCUAAAGAAAUCACUCAGCACCUCAUACUUCAGAGGGCUUUGAGCGAGUCAUCUCAACACAUUAGCAUGUACUGUAGCUGUACAUGUUGUCCCUGUCACAGCAGCGUCGCAUUUAAAGAAAUGUUUGUAGAGACAUAACAAAAUGCAGAAGUAAUCUUGCAUUCGAAGGGAUGAAGCACUUAAAACCUUUACAUACCGGUGCCAUCAGAUACCUGAGACAAAAACUUUUGUAUAUUGUGAAAAAAAGAACCUCAUUCCCACCUCUUGUAAUUCACACAUCCAGUGCUGGUGCUGAGAAAACAAAAAUAGUAAUAUUCUUUUUUUUCUGCUAAUUUGAUACAGUGAGCUCAACUUUGUCAUGUGAUUACACAAUGUCUCUCCAAACAAAACCAAAAGUGUUUUCAUUUCCGUGCCAGAAUAAUUUAUAUCCACGGGCCUCAUUUGUGCAUGAAACAGAUUGAUAUCCAUGUGUGUAAAAGCAUAUACAGUAAAUAUAUAUAUAAAUAUACAUAUAUAUAAUUUCUAGAACAGUAAUAACAUUUUUUAAACAACUUCUAAUGUGAUCAGUUUCUAUAUUGCCACUUUUACAAGUUAUGAAUUUUAAAUGCCAUGUAUUGUAUAGUAUCUUGUAGAGACAAGGUCACCAAAUGAUGCGUUCUAUACUGUUUGUUUCAACAUUGUCACAUGAGAAAACUAUACCAGCCCAUCAUCUGAAAGUGCUGUUACUCUGAUAUUAUACCAUCUUUUGUAAACACUUGCUAUGUCGCAAUAAACUGCUCUUGGAGAUUG